UCCUUUCCCCGCUCGCAGGUAGAGAGAGAAAGAGACGAAAUGGUUAUUUUGCAAACACUAUCAUGUUCAAGUUCUAUACAUUUGUAUAAUCUUAAGAACCCUAGUUUAUUGAAUUCUUCAGUAUCCAUUUGUUCAUUUCGAUCUCCUGUUAUUAAGAUAGAGAACAAACGAUUAUGCUCCAAACUUGGUGUUAAAUGUUCAAUUGGUUACGAAAGCAAUGGAUAUGGCGCUUAUGAAGAUCAACAGUUUCCUAGACCUUCUGAAAUUCAGUGGAAGAAGGAGCUUUGUAACUUCGUACAGAUCAUCGGCACCGUAGGUUCACCUGUUCAGAUUAAGAAACUUAGCUCCGGCAAGGCAUUAGCCUGGUCUCGUCUCGCCUUCAAGAAAUCAUCCACAGAAACCUCCUGGAUUAAUUUGACAUUCUGGGAUGAAUUAGCUCAAACUGCUUUUCAGCAUGUUGAAAAAGGUGAUCAAAUCUUUGUUUCUGGUAGAUUGAUCUCAGAUAUAGUUGAGAACGAUGAUGGGAAACAACAAACUUUUUUUAAGAUUGUUGUUCAGCAGCUGAACUUUGUUGAAAGGAGUCAGCCAUCUAACACUUUGGUCAAUGGCGACUCGAAUCAGGCAGUAUCAUUAGGUAAGCCAAUCAACAGUCAAAAUGGGAACGUUUCCGGGUCUACUGAAGCAUUAUGGCAAGCUUUCUUUGCUAAUCCAUUGGAAUGGUGGGAUAAUCGUAAGAACAAGGUACUCAUUUCCACGAAUGAUGUAAUAGGAUAGGCACAUGAGAAAUGAGUUCCCUUAACAGAGUUUUCGUAGUAGAAAACAUCAAUUAGUCCUAGUUUUCGGUUCAUUGGAAAAGCCUUGAUUUGGAGAUAUAAAAGGUAAAAGGCUUUCUUAAAAAGAAAUAACAUACUAACAUUAAUGUGAAAUUCAAUUUUGGAGUUCAUAUUCUUUUUUUGGUAAUGGUUUGUAUCAAGAUUGCAUCAAGAGUGAUUCCAUAUGGUAAUAGUCUUUGGAUUUAAUGAUGGUUGCUCAAUAUACGACAUGUUUUUGCAGAGAAACCCGAAGUAUCCUGAUUUUAAGCACAAAGAUACCGGCGAGGCUUUGUGGAUUGAAGGAAGAUAUAACCCACCAUGGGUAAAGGCUCAGUUGGGUAUCCUAGACACUAAAAUGGAAUCAUAUCGCGAUCAAAACUCAAACUCGCAAUUAAGGGGUCUGUCAGUUGACGAAUAUGCAUCAUUUUAACUAACGGCUUCUCAUGAUCACAAAAGAGUACGCGUUUCUACCCAUCUGGAGUGGCUGCUGCUUCUAUGAAUUCGCAACAAAUUUUGUGUGCUUUUUUUUUUUUGUUCUUCCUCAAUUUGUUAAAUAUUAUGUACUCAUAUUUAUCCAAAUGAAUAGCUGUGGUCUAAUUUAAGUUCUUGUAUUCAAUUAUC